UCCCAUGGCUUCCCAGGUGAGGGUGGAGGCAGUGACCAAAGGAACAGGCUUCUGGCGCUGCCCCAAGCCGGCCACUUACUCCCGGAGGACCUGUGAGCUGCUCAGAGUGAUGAUGAAGGAAUCCAGACUGACUAACUUCCAACAGCGCCACAUCAUGGACACCAUGAAAAGAGGAGACGUUCUGCCCCUACAGUGCAGCCCAACAUCCAGCCAGAGGGGCUUGCCCUCCAAGCAGCCGGCCCCAGCCACCUACCUGCCUCCCAUCCUGGCAGCCCGUUCCCAGCUCCGGCCUGCCAGCAUGUGCCAAGCCAACGGGGCCUACAGCCGCGAGCAGUUCAAGCCUCAAGCCACCCGAGAUCUGGAGAAGGAGAAGCGAAGACUCCAAAAUAUCUUUGCCACCGGGAAGGACCCAGAGGAACGGAAAAGAAAGCGCCCUCCUGUGCAACAGGAGGACCCAGCCCCUGAGCUGGACCGGUUUGAAGAACUGGUGAAAGAAAUCCAGGAGAGGAAAGAAUUCCUGGCUGACAUGGAGGCGCUGGGGCAGGGCAGACAGUACCGAGGGAUCAUCCUUGCUGAAAUCUCCCAGAAACUUCGGGAAAUGGAAGACAUUGACCACAAGAGGAGUGAGGAACUUAGGAAGGCUCUGGCCUCUGCUUAAUCUGUCUCCAGAGACGGGGGUGGGGUAGCCCACCCUCAACCACUGGAGCCCACCCCCUUGCCAAGCAGGGUCAUCCCCAGGUCAGCCCACCCACCCUGGCCUUUAACCACGUCAAAUGGUCGCACUGCCCUGGCCGAGGGUACCCUGGGCAUACACAGUACCCUAGAAAACAGACCACAUCUCAGAGAAUGAGCUGAUUCUUCUCGACACUGCCCAGGGAUCCUGGGUCAGCUGAGCCUCUGAGACCCACAACCACAGAUACACACACACAUAUACACACGACUUUGAGUCUUUCUUGGGGAAGGAGCCCCAUACACAGUGAAAGCAAGGCCCCCGUCUCAGCACCUUGGGCGUGUGUCUAAGGCAUCCAGCGGGCCCUCUGCCCACCACCUGCACCCACUGUGUCCUGCGAUGCCGUUUUCUGGACUCAGGAACGAAUAUGACUCCUUUCUUCCUACCUGUCUUAGGACCUGCUUCUUUGACUUCUUACAGCCUUGGGCAAAUGUUUAACUGCUUUGAUUAAUUGGCCAAUAAAACACGUUUAACGUGGGUCAUUACACACUGUUGUUUUCAGAGGAAUAAGGCUUAUUUGUUCAAGGAGUUAGAAUUUUUCAAGCACAGGUGGUUUCUAGCUGUUUGCAUAUUUCAAGUGGAAAUGGGAACCAACACUUCUUGAGCACCCCAUGGCCGGGCACUGUGGUAGGUGCUGAAUGUCACUCUGAGUUAAUUCUCCGUAAACCUCUCUGAUGGUUGGUUACUCCUGUGUGAAAACUGAAGCUUACCAAAAUACUGUAACCAAAGUCAGUUAACUAGCAAGUAGCCUACUCAGGAUUAAAAGUGAGCUUUAUGUCUUCCCACUAACCCUGCAGCCCAGAGAAAGAAACACACAGGAGGGGGAGGGAUCCAGACAGAAAGAGCCCUGGCGUUGG